UCAAGGCCAGGGAUGGAACCCACAUCCUCAUGGAUACUCGCUGGGUUUGUUCCCGCUGAGCCAUGACAGGAACUCCCAUAACGUUGUUUCUGUAGUGAAGAGUUCACAGGGAAAAGACUGUCCUAGGAAAAGUGGUUUUAAAAAAGUGCGAUGCCAGAUGGAGUAGCUUGGCCUUGGCCAAAAAUUAUUUAUUGACCUGAAACGGGAAGAAUAGCAGAGUACUUCCCUGUCAUCUUUUAUGUUGUCGGACUCAUCACGAGCAAUGCCCACUCCCUUCCCUCCCUGGUGUCCCCCGUUCCCACUUCCCCUUCUCCCCUGUUAUCUAACCUGUGCUGACAGGCUCCCAAGGGCUGCUCCACAGUCUAAGUGGAAGCUCAGCCCUCCCUGUACAUCCAGGCUGUGGCGUGGCGGGCAUGUAUCAGUCUGGGACGUGGGAGAAAUGCCAGAAGCCAAGGCUAUUGCCCUCUGCCCCACACCCAGCGGGUGAUAAAGCUGGGGUCAAGGGCAUGGCCCCAAAGCAUCACUGGCAGCCUCUGGCAGACAGAAAAGGCAGCGCUGGAGGAGAAAACUCACCACUGGUUGGAUUGGGGAGCUGGUCCGACCGAUGAGUAAACUGGAGGAAGAUACGGAGCUGGGAGCCACCCCACAGGGACCGGUGGCGGACAGGUGCCAGCUGCUCCCCCAGGUGAGCCCCUCCCCCUCUGCCCCCCGCAUUUCCAGACCCUAGAGGCAUGCCAUCUGGCUCCCCAGUCCUCACCUCCCCAGGGACGCAGAGGUGCAGUCUGGGGAGCAGACAGGUUUGAAGAGGGCGUGUGAACCAGUUUCCCAUCCUGGUCUGGGAGGUAUUUAUAGAGGGACCGGUGGCCUGGGACUAGAAGCCUCCUGGUGACUAAGGAGGGGGACAGUGCUGCUGGCCCCGCUGAGGGAAUUCCCUGUGGGGCUGCCCCGCAGGUUCUCGUCCCCACCCCUCCCCCGCACGGCUCUCACACCUGCUUCGACCCCAAGCAGAUCAGAUGUGGCAAUGGGGGGGUCAUGUGACGGCGAGAUGGCUAUAAAUAGCUGGGGGUGGGCAUGCUGCCCCAGACGCCUUGGGGACAGGCAGGAGGACCGGCCUAAGGAGCUGUACUGCGGGGAGGGCGGGGGCCAGCAGGCCGAGGCCUGGCCGGGGAGGGAGCAUGGAGCCCUCUGAGUCCCAGCGGCGUGGGCGCGAGCAAAGCUGGUGGGGCAGUGCCCCCCAGUACCAGUACAUGCCCUUUGAACACUGCACCAGCUACGGACUGCCCUCUGAGAACGGGGGCCUUCAGCACAGGCUCCGGAGGGAUGCGGGACCCCGACCCAGUGCCCACCCCACACAGAUUUAUGGCCAUCACAAAGAGCAGUUCUCAGACAAGGAGCCAGACAUGGGGAUGCCCGAGAAGAUGGGCUCCAGUUCUUCCGUGGACAGCAAGGAUGAGGACCGCUAUUCUAAAUGUCAAGGUUGUAUCCACCGAAUGGGACUUGUAGUGAGAAGAAAAUUAGGGGAAGACUGGAUCUUUUUGGUGCUCCUGGGGCUACUAAUGGCUCUGGUCAGCUGGUGCAUGGAUUAUGUCAGUGCCAAAAGCCUUCAGGCCUACAAGUGGACCUACUACCAGAUGCAGCCCAACCUGCCUCUGCAGUUCCUGGUCUGGGUCACCUUCCCCCUCGUCCUCAUCCUCUUCAGCGCCCUCUUCUGCCACCUCAUCUCCCCUCAGGCUGUCGGCUCUGGAAUCCCUGAAAUGAAGACCAUACUUCGCGGGGUUGUCCUGAAGGAAUACCUCACCCUCAAGGCCUUUGUGGCCAAGGUUGUGGCCCUGACCGCGGGGCUGGGCAGUGGCAUCCCCGUGGGGAAGGAGGGCCCUUUUGUCCACAUUGCCAGCAUCUGCGCUGCUGUCCUCAGCAAGUUCAUGUCGGUUUUCUGUGGGGUGUAUGAGCAGCCAUACUAUUACACUGACAUGCUGACGGUGGGCUGUGCCGUAGGAGUCGGCUGUUGUUUUGGGACACCACUUGGAGGAGUGCUGUUUAGCAUCGAGGUCACCUCUACCUACUUUGCCGUAAGGAACUACUGGCGAGGAUUCUUUGCGGCCACCUUCAGUGCCUUCGUUUUCCGAGUGCUAGCCGUGUGGAACAAGGAUGCAGUCACCAUCACGGCUCUCUUCAGAACCAACUUCCGAAUGGAUUUCCCCUUUGACCUGCAGGAGCUCCCAGCCUUUGCAGUCAUCGGGAUUUGCUGUGGUUUCCUGGGAGCUGUGUUUGUCUACCUGCAUCGCCAGGUCAUGCUCGGUGUCCGAAAGCACAAGGGCCUCAGCCAGUUUCUGGCUAAGCACCGCCUGCUCUAUCCUGGAAUCGUGACCUUUGUCAUUGCCUCAUUCACCUUCCCACCGGGAAUAGGUCAAUUCAUGGCUGGAGAGUUGAUGCCUCGUGAAGCCAUCAGUACCCUGUUUGACAACCAUACGUGGGUAAAACAUGUGGGGGACCCCGAGAGCCUGGGCCGGUCGGCUGUGUGGAUCCACCCAAAAGUCAACGUGGUCGUGGUCAUCCUCCUCUUCUUCAUCAUGAAGUUCUGGAUGUCCAUCGUGGCUACCACUAUGCCCAUACCCUGCGGAGGCUUCAUGCCUGUGUUUGUGCUCGGAGCUGCGUUCGGAAGGCUGGUGGGAGAGAUCAUGGCCAUGCUCUUCCCGGACGGCAUUUUAUUUGAUGACAUCAUCUACAAGAUCCUACCUGGGGGCUAUGCAGUCAUUGAUUCCAUGAUCCUGCUGGGCUCCGUGGAGCGGUCAGAACUGCAGUCCCUCUUGCAGCGCCACCUGUGCCCUGAGCGGAGGCUGCGGGCGGCCCAGGACAUGGCCAGGAAGUUGUCUGAGCUGCCCUUCGAUGGCAAGGCUGGGGUGGGGCGCCGUGGCGUCUGGCCGCAGGGGCGCCCUGAGUCCUUCGCCUUUGUGGAUGAGGACGAGGAUGAGGAUGUCUGCGGGAAGCCCGAGCCCUCUCCUUUGACUCCUCCUCUUCCCUUUUCCACUGCUCCACUGCACCCUGAAGAGCCCAAUGGGCCCCUGCCCAGCCCCAAGCAGCAGCCGGAAGCACCAGAGCCUGCAGGUCAAAGACCCUCUGUCUUUCGGACCCUGCUGCGCUGCUUGCUGGGCAGAGCUCGUCCCACAAAGAAAAAACCCACCCAGGAGCCAGUGGAUUUAGUGGAUAACAUGUCCCCUGAAGACAUUGAGGCCUGGGAGCGGGAGCAGCUGAGCCAACCUGUGUGUUUUGACUGCUGUUGUAUCGACCAGUCCCCCUUCCAGCUGGUGGAGCAGACGUCUCUGCACAAGACUCACACCCUGUUCUCGCUCUUGGGCCUCCACCUUGCUUAUGUGACCAGCAUGGGGAAGCUCAGGGGUGUGCUGGCCUUGGAGGAGCUCCAGAAGGCCAUCGAGGGGCACACAAAGUCCGGGGUGCAACUCCGCCCACCCCUUGCCAGCUUCCGGAGUACCACUUCGACUCGAAAGACUCCUGGGGGCCCGCUCCCUCCUGCAGAGGCUUGGACCAUGCCUGAUGAUGGAACGGGGGCCACUAGUGCAGGGGAUGCAGCUCCUGACUCCCCAGAGACCCCUGUGCCAUCCCCAUCCCCAGAGCCCCCUCUCUCCCGGGCUCCGGCCAAGGCAGAGAGCGAGCUGGAGGAGCUGGAGCUGGCGGAGAGUCCGGGGCCGGAAGAGGAGCUGGCUGACAUCUUGCAGGGCCCCAGUCUGCGUCUCACCGACGAGGAGGAUGAGGACGAACUGAUCCUUUGAUCAUCGCCUGGCCCUCCUCAUCGAUGGUCCAGAGACCCAGGCUAGAGGGUGGGCCUGUGGGGGAGAGGGUAUUUCCUAAAGUGGGAGAGAUCGCACCCCCCAAUAGCCAGCCCCUCCCAGGAAUUAAGAAACGUGAUAGUGAUAACAUUGGAGCAGGAGCCAGAGUUUAGGCAGGGAGUAGCCUCGGUCAAUUAUUUGGGCCAUGUCCCCCCACCCUCAGACAGGUGGUUGUUCUACGCGCUGGGAAGGGCCCUUGAUAUUCCAGGGGCUUCCUGAGUCUGCCUGUGCGUGGGUGGGGAGCACCUGCCUCUCUCUGGCUCCCCUAGUCAGCCCUCAGUCUCCCUGCGUUCUUGUCCCAGUACCCUCCUGGCCUUGCCCAUCAGUCUCUCCAGAGGGUAGGUGAAGGGAGGCCCAGGAUGACUGGGGCCCCGCCAGGGCCAUGUUGGAGGAAGAGAUGGGACCACCUCCUGGCCUCAGGGACUGACGGCCCCAGGGUAUACUCACAAAGCGCCCACAGUCCCUUCUCUCGGGGCCCCCACCCCGUCCUCCACUCGCCCACAGCCACUCCCGAACACUGCCUCCCGACACCAUCCUGGCUCCCACUGCCUGUCCGCAGACAAGGCCAUUACUAGCAAGGCCGGAGGCCAGUCCCAUUUCCUUCUGCUUGGUCCUCCAGUCAAGCAGGGAAAGUUGGGUAAAGAGACCACUGGGGAGAAGAGCCUGGGAGUGGAGUGGGCACUUGUGGGCAGGCAGGCCUCCGGCUCCAGUGGAUUCACUUAACUCCUGGCAGAAGUUCCUCCAUCUCACAUCACCGCCUCCUUGCCCUCCAGUUUCCAGGUCACUCCCUCUCCUACUGCAGUCUGUCCUGACCAAGGGUCAGCUCUUGACCUUGAGCUGUUCUAGCUGGGGCUUCUCCAGCCGGGAACCAGGACCCAGGGCAGCUGGGCCACUAGUUCACCCAGGAACACACAAGCCCUUCGUAGGGACUUUGUGUUCCUCCUCUGGGGUUCACUGCCAAGACGGGAGACCCAUUCAAUCUUCCCACACCGGGGAAGUCAGAUCCUUAUCCUUCCCAAGCCAGUGACAGGGGGUCUGCUAUUGCCCUGCCUUUCCCAGGAGCCAUUUCUGAGCAGCCAGGACCCCCUGCUCCCACACCCAAGGCUUUUGUCCCUCCCUCCCUCCCUCUGUGCCUGGUUUCGUUCUGCAGGGGUGCUUCCUUCCCAGGCAGCCUCAUCCUCCCCACCCUGUGCCCAGUCUCCGUCAUCCCCCCAAUAAGACACUCAUAGCCGCUGAAGGUGCCACCACAUUCUGUUUAGUGCCAUCAAACACAGCCUGGAGCCCUCUCCAGCAGUACCUCCCUUCUGCCUCCCCAGGCCAAGAGAGAGGCUGCAGCCUGGGGAGGGAGACUGGCAGUGGACCUCGGAGCCCGUGCCCAUGUGUAUAUAAUCUAUAGUAUUUAUAUAUGUUAUUUAUAUAUCAUUCUCUCUGUAAUAUAUGUCAUAGAAUCUCUCUUGGGCCUGGGGUGGAAAUUUCCCAUUAAGAAAACAUGCUAAGACUGGCCGUAAAAAUGAAUGUUCCCCAGACCUGGAAGACGGAGUAGGAGACGCACAGGUGGGGGCAAGGAGGGGUGGCAAACUCAUUGGCCAAGGUCCCCUCCUCAACAGGAGGAUGAGAAAAGGAAGGGGUGGGGGGGCAGUGGGAGGCGGACGAUUCGGAUUUUCCUUGAAUAAACUGAAUUGAAAACGAAAGUGCACCCCACCCCCCCCCCAACCA